GCUCAUAGCUAUAGUGAAAUGGCCGCUAAGCACACUGAAGCGCUUCUACAGGGGGAGCAAUACACCUCCAUCGACUCACAGAGCUCAACUAUUGCCACCACGGCAGAUGAGAUUGAAGAAACCCGAACUGGGAAGUACGUCACUUUGGUCGUCUGUGCCUCUGCUGUAGGAGGAUUCAUGUUUGGAUACGACACAGCGUGUAUAUCGAGCAUUCUCAUAUUCCUCGAUAAAGGCUCGCUAGACCUGUCAGAUAGGCAGAAGGAAAUAGUCACAGGCAUCACAUCUGUGGGGUCUUUCUUUGGAUCAAUUGGAGCUUCGAUCCUCACUGAUCAUCUCGGGAGGAAGAACGUUAUCACCAUAUGUUGCGUUAUCUUCACAUUGGCUGCUAUAGAGCUUGGACUUGCACAAUCCGUGACUGCUCUUGUCAUCGGUAGACUCAUAGUUGGGCUGGCUGUGGGGGCUGCUUCUAUGGUUGUACCUGUGUACAUAUCUGAAGUGGCGCCUUCUAAGAGAAGGGGAAGGCUACUGGUGUUGAACUCAGUAACCACCACUGGCGGCCAACUAUUCGCAAACAUCAUAGCACUGAUAGUUUCCCAGAUGCACCAUAAUUGGAGGAUAAUGUUCCUCUUGAGUGGUAUUCCCUCGGUAUUGUUCCUCUGUGUUGCCAAAUUCUUGCCAGAGUCACCGAGGUUUCUCAUCCUUCAAAAUGAAAAGCUUCAAGCUCAAGAAGCGUUGUCAAAUCUAUACCCAAAUGCAACAUUUGAGCAGGUGAGUCGUAAAGCAUCAUCGAUAGAGGAUGAUAUCAAACUCAACGAGGAACAGCAUCGGUUACCAUUACAUGCAAAGCUCUUUGGCUCGAGUGCAACGCUGAGGGCAUUGGCUGUUGGAUGUGGAUUGAUGUUUUAUCAACAGGCGUCCUCGUUCAAUUCCUUCAUGUACUAUGGUGCAACUAUCUUCAAAGCUGUUGGAGUAGGCAAUCCACUUGUGAUUUCAAUUCUGAUCAGUGGUACAAACUUUGCUUUCACUUUUGUUGCGCUGAGAUAUAUCGAUGAGAUUGGAAGAAGGAAGAUGUUGUUGAGAACGCUUUGGAUCAUGGCAUUUGCUUUGUUCGUUGCUGGUGUUGCAUUCUCCAGGAUUGACCUACCACAGGAGCUUCAAACCAAGAAUAUGAAUCCAGCUUCAUACGUCCUGGUCACGUCGGUCUUGGUGUUUGUUGCGAGUUAUGCCUCAGCUCUUGGAACUGUUCCUUGGUCGUCUGUUGAGUUCUUACCACUCGAGGCAAGGGCUGCUGGUUCUGCAGCAAUUGCAGCCACUGGAUGGCUAACCAACGCUAUAGUGUCAGCUACUUAUCUCUCCUUGGUUGGUGCCACUUCUUUAUCCGCAACAUCUGUGAUAUUCUCAAUUGUCUGCGCACUAGGUUGGCUGGCAGUGUUCAAGUGGUAUCCAGAGGUCAACAGGUUGUCGUUGGAAGAGAUACGUAAGGUCUUUGAGAAUGGUAUCGAUAUCCAUUACGUAGAUCAUCGCACCUCUCUCUAGGACCUCUCUAGGACCUAUUCUACGUCACAAGGCUUACGCUCACGGUUGAAGGUCUACGUCAUCGUAGACCUAUGUUAUAAUAAGAAAUGGACUUUAAUUCCUGGAUGAUAUGCUCUUUGUUUUAUAACU